CACCAUUGACCCCAGGAGAUCCAGACACUAUUGACCCUGGAUCUCCAGGAAAAGAGACCAGCCUGGCAGUUACAUGUGUUGUUCUUCAAACUGGUAGCCAGGUUGGAAUGACCGAUGACAUCAGAGAUUCCAACCUUCCUGAUUGGACCACACUCUGUGGGCGCUCAGACACCCAGGUACACAACAGUAUCUUCUCAGAGCGGUUCUCCACUCCUGACUUCUCCCCAGCCUUGAGAAUAGAUAACGCAUUUUUACUGGUCCUGAUAGAGUGUGGAAGAAGGCUUUAGACAGAACAGGGAACAGGUUCCGUGGGAGGGAACACAGUUUGGGAGACACCAUGGCCAGCUGUCAACUGCAGCCGCAGCUUGAGGAGAGGAGCCCCCAGCCUAGCAUCUCGGGGUACCCCCUCCUGGAGGUGACAGAUGAUGAAGUGCCAGGACCAUCAGUCCUUUGGGUAGAUCCCGGCACCCCGAGUAAGUUCCUUUACUGGAACAUGAAGAGGGAGUGGUCGGACGAAUCUGAGGAGGAGCCCAAGGAGGAGACAGAGAAGAAGCCUGAGGAGACCUGGGUGCUGGACCCCCUGUCUGGGCUCAAGAUUAAGUUAAAGCAAGAGCCAGUGUCACCCGUGCUCCCUGAGGACUACAAGGCUUUUAACACGCCGCCUGAUUCCAGCCCGCCUAAUUUCCUUCCUUGGCAAAAGAAGAGGGACUGGUCAGGCGAAUCUGAGGAGGAGCUGAAGGAGGAGAUAAAGAAGGAGCGCGCCCCUGAGCCUGAGGAGACCUGGGUGCUGGACACCCUGUGUGGGCUCAAGAUGAAGCUCAAACGACAGCGAGUGUCACCCGUGCUGCCUAAGCGCUAUGAGGCCUUCAACACGCUGCUUGGUCCCAGUUCGCCUUGGAUCCUUUGCCGUAAAAGGAAGAGGGAGUGGUUGGACGAAUCUGAGGAGGAGACAGAGAAGGAGACAGGGAAGGAGCACACCCCCGAGCCUGAGGAGACCUGGGUGCUGGAGAGGCUUCAGGGGCUCAAGAUGAAAAUUAAGUGGCGGCGAGUGUCAACCGUGCUCCCUGAGCACCACCAGGCCUUCAACAGGCUGCUUGAGGAUCCUGUCGUGAAAAAAUUCCUGGCCUGGGACACAUAUCUGCUGGCAUCCGACAAGUACCUGCUGGCCAUGGUCAUAGCAUAUUUUAGCCGCACCAGCCUCCUCUCCUGGCAGUACGAACGCAUUCAUUUCUUCCUGGCUCUCUACCUGGCCAAUGACAUGGAGGAGGACAACCAGGGCCCCAAACAAGCCAUCUUCUACUUCCUGUAUGGGAAGGACCGCUCCCAGCGACGCUUAUUCCAGAAGCUUCGGUUCCAGUUCUUCUGUUCCAUGUGCUGCAGGGCUUGGGUUUCCCCAGAGGAGCUGGAGGAGAUCCAGGCUUAUGACCCAGAGCACUGGGUGUGGGCACGAGAUCGUGCCCACUUUUUAUAGAACUACAGCACCGUGGAGGCCUGAGGUCAUCGGCCUGAGAGAAGAACACCGGGCCCGGGGAGAUGCGGAUUUUCAGCACGAAGUUUAUUCCAAUGCUAAUGACAUACACCAGGAAGGAGGAGAGGAGCCAUUUGUGCAGAUCAUCUAGAAGAACCUGGACUGUUCUAGAAAGACCUCAAUAGCGUGACCACGCUGUCCUCCUAGGGGUGGAGGGGCGGGGAGACGGUACUUCUAGGAGUCCGUGGAGGACAGUGAGAAACCAGGGGUGUUUCUGGUUCCACCCCUUCCUGCGGCACCACCUCCCUUUUUAUAUUGCUGAAUUCCAGCCUCUCCAGGAGCAUCUGAGGGCACAGUACAGGCGCUCAGAUUGGCACAGAAUUAUUUGUAAAGUAUGAGUGCCAUCGGAUUGUAACAGGUAGCUUCAUGCAUACUAUGCAUUUUUGUGGUUUUGGAAGUGUUGGCCAUUGAAUUAUUCCUACGUUUAUUUCAAAUAGUUUGGAAAUUGUUUUACUUUUGAAAGCUUGCUGUUCCUGUAGAGUUUUUGAUGAGAAUUAUAGCUGUUACAUAUACAGAAAUAUAGUUUUCUUUUUUUAAGAAAGAAUUGUUUAUCCUAAAUCUUUUAUUAAAUUGUUUUAUCUAUUAUGAUAUGUGCUCCUGAAGUGAGCACUCUUUGUCUAUGAUACUUACAUGAUAGUCUAUUAUAUUUAUAGCUAUG